GCGCCGCAGGGGACGCAGGGCUGGCCGCCGCUGGGUUCGCCGCCGCCGCCGCCGCCGCAGCUUUCUCCGGGACGCUUGGGCUGAGGACACGAUGUCGGGUGUCUCCCGCCGACUGCUCUGGGCCGCCACCUGCCUGGCCGCGCUCUGCGUGGCGGCGGCGCAGCAUCAGAACAGCAGCGUACCUCCCAACGUGACCGAGACCGUCACCAGCAAGCCGGUCCCGACGACGCUCACGCCCACCACGCCGCCAGAAACCUGUGAGAGCCGCAACAGCUGUGUUUCCUGUGUUAAUACCACCAUUAAUAAUACUACCUGCUUUUGGGUAGAUUGCCAAGAAGCAAAUAAGACCUAUUGUUCGAGUGUACUCGUAGGUAACUGUAGCCUGGUGAACAGUACUGCCUCCUGUUCUGUGCCUACUGCCACUCCAGUGCCAACCAACUCUACAGCUAAACCCACAACUCGACCUUCCUCUCCUACACCUGCUCCCUCAAUUGUUACAUCAGGUGCACCCAAUACCACCCUGACCCCAACCUCGCAGCCAGAGCGCAAGUCUACCUUCGACGCAGCCAGCUUCAUUGGAGGAAUUGUCCUUGUCUUGGGCCUGCAGGCUGUCAUUUUCUUCCUCUAUAAAUUCUGCAAAUCUAAAGAACGAAAUUACCACACCCUGUAAAGAGACCCAUUGAAAUGAAUGAGGACUGGCAGUUAAUGUGUAACUCACUGAAACCAAAAUACUAUCUUUCAUCAAGUCCCACAUGGAAGUCACUGUUCCAGGACCUUCAUAUUUCCAAAGGAUGCAUACAGAAUAUUAUGGAGCAUUGUCCUUGAAGAAAAAUCAGUUAAACCAUUUUGCUCAACAGGAAUAUUUAAAAUAUUCUGCAUGAAUCCGUGUGGCUGUCGUCUUUUGUUUAAAGUGGCUGCUGCUGUGGGAUUAUGUUUUUUCCUUUGACAUGCCAAAUGUAACUUUCUGUAAGUUAUGGAAAGUGGUAUCCUGUGCGGCAACCUCUGACUGGCAGUUUAAAUGUGGUCAUUUGAAAACCUAAAGUCUGUAUUAUUUUCAUCCUAAGGUGUGACUUAAUGGCCAGAAUUGAGAAGAGUGCCAAAUGGGCACCAGGCAGGUAGACUGAGGGCUUCACUUCAAAGGUAGACUAGAUUCACCUAGUACUAAACUGCCCUUAGAGUGUUGUGCUUGAUGAGUUGUAUUUUAUGCAUUAGAACUAGGAUGCCGUGCAGGGAAUCACAUUCCAGAUUUAGAGAAAGGAAAGAUGCAAACCAUCCGUGUGUAACAGGUUUUGUCCAUCCUCCUAAAGCACCCUAUUAAGAAAACAGCACAGUGCCUUAAGACAGACCGAGACGGCAGCAGCACACAAGUGUGUUCACGUUGUGGGAGGUCAAGCUUGGUCUGAGAAUGUAACUGUUGAUGUGAGCAGCAGUGAACCUGCUUGUAGGUAACAUACUGUUAAUAUUUAAUUUAAACGUUGGCUUCUCCAGAGCUGAGAAAUAGAAGCUAAAGAAUAAUUCUAAGCUGAAAGGCUUCCUGUUUCAAACCAUCCAACAUUUUUCAUAGGGCUGGGCUGUUGAAUAGACAUAAGACUGAUUUGAUUACCUUUCCCUCUGUACACAGAGUAUCCAAAUAUUACUGUACCUUAAGGAUUCCUAUCAGGUUUUCCUGAAAAGUAGUUUUUACAUGAGGCAAGGAGGAGGAAGUAGUUUUAGAAUCAUUUUCUAGUUCUUACAGUGAGACAAUCACUUGGUUUUCUAACAGAUGUGACCUGUGUAACUGGGGGUGAGAGGAGGUUGCAGGAGAUUUCUAAUGCUGACGCCCCGGCUGACUAGUCUGGCCUCUUUCCUUGGCCUUGGCUCCUUCCUCCUCGGUUUCAGUUCCCGUGUGCUGUGAUCAUGCAGACCUUGAUUCCUGUAGCUUUAGGGAAAGCACUCACUUGUUUAGUUUUAGAGUUCCUGCUCCCUUGCCUCUGACACACGGCCUGGUUCCGAGGCUCUAGUUGGACAUGGGCUUUUGGUUGCCUAUGUCAUUGAAGUUGGUGUGGUAGCUUCGUUAGAGUGCGGAGUGGAGCACUGGUUCCCGUGGUUUAGAGUAGGAAGGACAGAUGGCUUUAGUUCCUUUCCUAAAGUGAAGCUCCCUGUGCUCUUCAAAUGAAGUUUCUGUUGCUCUGUCACUUGCUGGUACAGCUGCAGUUUGUUUUACUUGCACAUCUGUACAUACACCUAAUGUUUUCAAGUGCCUUACUUGUUUCAGAAUCUCUGGCUUCAAAGGUUUUUGGGGAAAGCUAGGUUUACCUCACCGUUUUGUUUUCAUUAUACUAUUCUAGGUACCUCACAAAAUUCGUUACAGUGCCGUGGCUGUUAGUUUUAAAAGUAAGUGCAAAAGUUCUUUAAACACCCAGACUUUCCAUUCCUUCCAAGGUGGCAGAAGUAGUGUGAUUGUCGUUUACCUCGAUGUGACUUCCUACCCCAGAUAAAUGUCAGCACAUGUAGCAAGUCGUGUGAGAAUGUAACUUGAUCGGAGGCUCCUGUAGUUUGGAGCCCCUGCUCUAACAUUGUAGGAGGUUAGUGACAUGUUGCAGGUCCCUGCAUCAGCUCUUACUACACAGUCCACAGCUGCUCUCGCUCCUUACCGUCUGUUUAGCAAGCUAGUAUUUUGAGCCAUUCAUGAUUUUGGAUUUUUUUUUUUUUAAUCCAGAAGGUCUAUAGAGACCCUUUCAGAGUUUUCAUCUGAUUUGUCCUGAAGAUGUAGUUCUAUCAGAUCCUUAUUUUACUCACUGCACAGGCAGACACUGCUGUACUUAGACAUUUCUAUUUGAGUUCAUUAAAACCCACAAAACUAAUCUGUAUGUGUACCAAACUGAUUUAAAAUAAAUACAUGUUUACUGAA